CAGCAGCAGAUGGCUCCUCAGCCGUCUCAGUCUCCGCAUCAGCAAUGGCCGUCCUUACAGCACCCUAUGCCCGGUGCCCCCACGCAGUUCUUUCCGCACAUGCAUGGAUAUGCGCCCUUCCCAAUUCCCCACCCUCACCCCCAGUUUUCAUCACAGCAGCAGCAACAGCAACUUUGGGCGUAUCAACACAUGUUGUAUGGACAACCAGUUCCUCCCAUCUCUGACUUUGCAAGAGUGGACCGUCCUCGCACAAUGUCCAAUCCACAACAGGCCCCAGGUGUUCAAGCGACCAGUCCUGCAAUGGAUGCGCAGCAGACUUUCUGGUCACAAAAUACUUCGCACUAUAAUGCGAAGCCAUUCUUGCCAUCUCACCCAGGAUCACAACGUCAGCCUAUUGAUCCUAUUCAUGGAAUUGCUCGCUCACAUGAGGAUCCCCUUUCUUUUUACACCCCUCAAUUACCUCGCCGACCACAUCCCUCAGAACCCUACCAAGGCUAUCAUCCCUAUAGACGGCCAGCACGCUCUGAAACGGCGCCACCGACUCUAUCCACCCCGGAAUGGUCUCAGGAUGCAUUACCACUUCAUCAACCGCCAUACGCUCGACCGGAUGCCGCAGGCUCUGCGACCUCUCUAGGUUCAAGUAGUGGGGCCUCAUCGCGUGCCCCUGCGGAGAGGCAUCGCAAUGCCAGCCUUCAGGGCAAUAACAACACAUCUUACCAAUCCCCACCCCAUUCUAGGCAGUCAUCGUCCUCGCAAGUGCCUCGUGUGGAGAGCGGGGCGAAUCACGGUCGCACCUCUAGUCAAGCGUCCAAUCCUCGACCGUCGCAGCAGCAACACCGGCGUGAUUCUUCCGCAAGCGAUCGUCCCGCUAGCCCUUCAGUUUCCGGAUCAGCUCCAUCGCCUGCCGCUCCCACAUCGCGAUCCCCCACUGCCAGCGUACCUUCAGGGAGGCCGACUAAACCAUCACCAUUAUCGAAAGACCCAACAUAUCCAGAUGCGAACAGCAAGCGGAUCUCAAAGACGGAGGAAGACUUACCGUCAGCCACGACGACUCUGGCCCGCCCAGCCGUGGUGCAUGCGACGACAGCUUCUGCCGUCGCUGCGGCAGGUGCUGCAGAGCCUACCGAGAAGAUGGUCAAAUUCGGUGGAUUGAAAGGGCGGUUGCGUCGCGCUCUCAGUUUCUCGGCUAUACAAACAUUAGAUGAUGAAGAUCCUAGUCUGAAAGUUGCUGCUAACAGGCGAAAGGCUGCCGCUGCCGCUGCGGCCCGGGAGAAAAUCAAGGAGACCCAGCCGACCCAAGAACCCUCAGGACCUGCUCGAUCUCCAGGAGCCCCUUCGUCACCGCCACUUGCUCCGGUGGAUAAUGAUGAUAUUGAGCCAUCAGUGCGGAAGCUCACCAAGAAGCCUAAACGCUCUCUUUUCAGGAAAGGGUUCAAUGCUUCGACUGAUAAUAUCUCACUUUCUUCCACUGCUUCUUCUGCUUCCCUCAUGAUCCGAAAGCUCGGCGGCUCGGUGGGUAAUUUAGCCCGCAAGGCGAGUUUGGCGAACAUUGCUGGUUUUCUGAAGGACAAGCACAAGGAUGGUGAGCCUAAAGGAAAAGGGGGUGCCGCGAGUGCCAGUGUCAGCAUGGCCACGGCAGAGGUGGAUCGUGGACCUCAAACACCUGAAGAAGCGGGUCUCAGCCCUGCGGCUCGUCUCGCCCGACAGCAUACCUUGCGGAGCAAUGCGGAAGCAGCCGCCAAAGUACAGGUGGUAGCAGCAGCCCGUCCAGAGGCAUCUGGACCCGAUGAGCAUGGGGCCGCUGCUGUUCCCGCCACCUGGGACCGGAACACCACCAAACGCACACCUCCCGGUACCCCCAGGUCAGGUGGACGCUUACCCGUCCUUGAGGAUGAUACAUGGGAUGACAAUGAAAGGGAGGAACACGUGGACGCAGGGUUGGAUGAACAGGCGGAUGAGAAUGAGAGUGAUCCGGAAGACGAUGAACAGCUCACUAUUCGCAUGAGCGGAGUCAGCGUAUCUGACGAAGUGGAGCCAUGGGCAGUCGGUGUCAGGAGGUCCAUCGAGAGAUUGAGACUGCCAGCGAAGGGAAUCCUCAAGAAUGCCCAACAUUACGACCAAAAUUCUUAUGAUGGCCCCUCCCUGAUACGGAUCCGAGCAAAUUCAUAUGGCUCUGCAUCACAAUCUAAUCAAGAGCCUGGUCCUCUUGCCCGUUUACCAAGUGCUGAUCCUGACCAUAUUGAUGGCUUACAACGCGAGCAUUCCGCUCACGGCACUGGAUCUCUGGACAUUUUCGAAGGAUCUGCGCCCACCCCGCAACUUGCCGUUGACAAGCCAGCCUUCCAGUAUAACCACCCUAACUUCAAUUCCUCAGCACCCACCUUAUCAACUUUUGGGAUGCCUCCCAUGACGCAGCGUGCUGCUACCGCACCUCUACAACUGAGGAGACUCGCAUUUGCUACCAAUCUGUCGGUGUACAGUACCUUUUCCUCAUCAGUGUAUGAUCGCCGAUCAGAGCCAGCCACGUGCAAUCGACUCACUCCUCAGCUGGCACAGAAGAUUAAAGAGGAGCUUAACACUUACAAAAUGGAAGAGAUGGAAGUGCAUCAUGCCAGUCGAAUACAUACUCAUUUUUUCGUCUAACCUCACCCUGAACAGGAGAUGUUCUGCAUCCACACUGCAUAUCGUUCGCAUAUCCGCAACUGUCACAAUAUCGUGCUUGUCGCAUCCUCACGGACUGCUCACCUAACAGAUGUUCACCCACACGCUUUGCUUUGUCGGAGCAAGUGUCCCACUCCUCCCGUCCUCAAGCGCCCGGCACGCCACCGCCCACAGCAUUAUAUCUAUCCCCUUUGUACCAUUACCAUCCUCUCAUACGUCACGAACGAGCAUGACAAUGAGAUGAAUCCUUUUUUUUUCUUCUCAAAAGCCGAUCACCGAAGACCGGGGCGGGGCACACACCGUGUCUGUCUGGCAAUUGACCUCUAUUGUUCACGUUCCGGUUGUAGUCGUGGCGUGUUUCUUUUCGGUUGGGUUUGCCUCAUUCAUUCAUUUUUCUCUCUUGCAUGGACUGUUGCGUUGCAUUUUCUCCUUUUCUACCGAGGAGCUAUCGCGCUUUGUAUGCCCAAUGCAUCCUGCAUCGCAGAGCGAUGUUUGUUCAUAUCCGUGGUGUAAAUAUUACUUAUUCC